UCGGAUCUCACUUCCCCGUCGGAAUCCAGCUCAGCCGAGAAGAAAUGUGGUGCCUCGCCCUCCUCUUGCUCUUCGGCGCAGCGAGGGCAAGGGGCAUAGCCAUCAGCCCUGACUUUAACGCUACUCUGUCGUCUCUGGAUGCCCACGCCCACCCCGCCCACACGCACGUCUCGGUGUUGGAUCCAGAGGGCGUUUUCACCGUGUUCUGGACGCCCGGGAGUGAGGAAGUCGUGUGGGAGAUCCACGCCCGCACCCUCGGCUGGAUCGGGUUCGGAUUCUCCGGCAAUGGGCGGAUGGCAGGGGCGGACAUCGUGACGGCGUGGGUGGCAGAUGGGCGUCUCUUCCUGCAAGAUCGCCAUGGUGUAGGCGAGACGACACCCCCCCUGGAUCAGAAAGGGGACUGGCGCCCUCUCCAUGCCCGUGAAAACGCCACCCACACUGUGCUGGUGGUGGCACGGGCCAUUAACACGUGUGACAGUCAGGACUUCGUUCUCACGAACGAGACUGUGCGGCUGAUCUAUGCCUGGGGAGACACCGAUCCAACCGGGGACACUCCAGGCUAUCACGGAAUGCGCCGAGGAAACAGAUUCGCUCUCGCUCUUCUCCCGUUUCACCGGCCGGUUCGAACCCCGGGAACCGAGUCCUCGAGUGUCCAAACAUGGCAAGUUAGACAGGAGGUCACGCUGCCCCCUGGACGCCAUACCUUCUACUGGUGCCACAUGGAGAAGGUGCCAGCGUGGGAGACCAAACAUCAGUACAUAGGGGGGGAGCUCUUGCCCGACCACGUGGGUUAUCCCCUUGGUGAGCGCCACGGGGGAGCCACGUAUGUCCUCUUCCAAACUCAUUACGAUAACAAGCCCCUGCAUCGUGACCUGACUGUAGAGUGGGGCAUGGACAUAUAUUAUACUGAUAAGCUACGAAAAUACGACGCGGGCAACAUCGGUCUUGGGCAUGCUCUUCUAUUUUCCUUAGUCGUCCCUCCGAGGUUACCGUACUGGAAGGUGGCUGGACACUGCGACUCUGCCUGUACCCAGGCUGCCAUACCCGACGAUGGUGUGUCGGUGUUUAUGGUGUUUCUGCACAGCCAUUACUUAGCACGAGCUAUUCGCUUACGUCACUUCCGGGGCGAUCGCGAACUGAAACCCAUGGCUGUCGAUUCUCAUUUUGACGCCGAUUUCCAGCAGUCAAGGCGGCUGUCAAAGGAGGUUCAGCUUUUGCCAGGCGAUCACCUCACUGUAGAAUGCGACUACGAUAGCCGUGGCAGAAACAAGUCCACCUUCACGGGCUGGGCGUCGGAGGACGAGAUGUGUCAAGCCUUCAUCAACUAUUACCCGCGCGUCGACAUGGCCCUGUGCCGCUCCUCGCCCCACCCGGACUCCUUGGCCGAGGCCUUCGCUCUGCCGCCUUUCCAGAAGAACCUCGACCUGAACACCUUCAUCUUCGACCCCAAAGUAGGAGGCGAAGGAGGAGAGGAGGGAGAGUCCUACCAGGAGAGACUGCAGAGGAUGCCCUGGAAGGACUUCGACUUCGGGAGCGCCAAUGCUAAGCUGCUCGAGGGCGAACAAGUCGUCAAGUGCCAGCUGAACUAUGGAGUCAGUAUGAAGAUAUCAACCAACACCACCAGAUACCCAGAAGCCACGCCCUUCGUCCCGCCCGAGGAUCCCGUUUGCUCACGACGCCGCCGCCCACAGCCCAGCGGACACGCCCUCUCCAACGACGCUGGAGGGGCGGCCGGAGGGAGGUGGAGGGAGCUGCUCGGCGUGGCUUCCGCUCUCCUCCUCGCCUGCGUUGGGGGGCCGAUAUAGGGCGUGGCUGUCGGCUCGUCUCAAUACUUUUAUAUUUAUGAAUGAUUAUGAUUAUUAUGUUUUAUUUUUCAUUAUUUCUUUUUUUUAGGGGGGCACGGGGGUAUAUAAGUGUGUGUGUGUGUAUAUACAUAUAUGUG